AUGGUUGACCCAAACGCAAGUGAAUGGCUCAAGAAGCAACAACGUGCUUCACGAAAAACACGUUUGAUAGUAUCUACGGUGGGGAUACUUGUAAUAAUUGCGGUGGUUGCUGGUGUCGUCUAUGCUCUUAUGCAUAAAGGAACUUCUGGUGGUGGGAAUUCCGGUUCCAGGGGUAACUCUGAUGGAUUCAGUGGUGGAAAUAGUGGUGUAGGAGGAGGAAAAGGUGCUAAUUUACCUUCAAACCCCGACGGACCUUAUUAUACCAAUGACGGUAAACCUGUGAAUUUAACGAUAACUCCUGACCCUCGACUACAUAAAUCUUUUUAUGGUAUAAACUAUGGCCCGAUUCUUGCCCUGUUUCCUUGGUGUACCAAUACUUUGGGCGAUACAAUAGAGGAUCUUAAAGUUUUAUCUCAGCUAACAAAUCGUCUAAGACUUUAUGGAAUGGAUUGUAACAUGUUAAACUUUACAGUUCAGGCGAUUGAUUUAUUGAAACUCGAUAUGACGGUGGUUCCCACAGUAUGGGUUGAUGGAAAUGAAACUACUUAUACAAGACAAUAUAACGACCUCUUUAAUAAUCUAGACCAACAUGGAAUUUCUAGAAUCGAAGGAGUUUCUGUCGGAAACGAAGCAAUAUUCCGUAAACAAGUCACCAUCGAUAAUCUAAAUUCACGUAUUGCCGAUGUAAGAAAUAAAAUAAAAGCCAAAUACCCCAAUGCAAACACCCCAGUAUUCACAUCCGACAUCGGAUCGAAUGUAGAUAAAGCAUUCGUGGCCGGAAGUGACGUAAUAUUUGCAAACGUACACCCAUACUUUGGUGGUGUAUCCGUCAACAUUGGAGCAACUUGGACAUUCGAUUUCUUUCAAAACUUUGAUGUAAAGCCAGCUGCUGAAGCAGGAAAACCCGCCGUAAUUUCGGAAAUUGGAUGGCCGACGAAUGGCACAUCGGAGCGUGAUGCAGUCGCCAGCGUCGAUAAUUUACAAACAUUUUUGGAUACUUAUGUUUGUACUGCUAACACCAAACAAACAAAAUAUUAUUAUUUUGAAGCGUUUGAUACGCCCUGGAAGAAGGCUUACUUCACAGUACUUGAGGGGAGUUGGGGAUUGUUCAAUCCUGAUAGAUCAUUUAAACCUGGGAUAAAACUUCCAGAUUGUCAGGUGACUGCCGGUGGGAUAACGUCAACAACAUAA